AUGGACGACAUCACUGUCGUAGUUAAGGGGAAUAUAGCGAUCAAAGAGAUGCCGGCCACAGCGCCGCGUGGGGUGUCGAGCACUGCCAACGUCUGUACCGUCGCUAUAGAGACCCAAACACGCGGGUCUAUCACACAGCCGACUAAGCAGAUCUCAGUGGCUGGACUGAAGGUUGGUAUAGGCGUGGUUAGUGGAGACCGUGUGGUUGGACUGAAGGUUAGUAUAGGCGUGGUCAGUGGAAACCUUGGCGGUGUCGCUUUGGGCUAUCACUCUAGGCGGGAUGAAAACGUUAAGCUUACGGAGCGUGCAACUGUGCAAGUAGUCUAG